AUGAAAGGUAUUCCUCAAACACCCAUUCAACUUUAUAAAUAUUUACUACGUCAAAUACCAAAAUUACCUAUUGAAAGUCAAUCAUAUUAUCGAAAUUAUGUUAAAGGUAAUUUUCGUGCACAUUCUGAUGAAAUCGAUCCUGGUCGUAUCGAUGAAAUAAUUAAAAAACUUUAUAAUGACUUUCAAUGGAUUCUUAAAAAAUAUGAAAACAAAACGGGAAAGUAA